CCCACACCCACACACACACACACACACACACACACACACACACACACACACUCACCAAACAGGAAGACUAUACCUGUUUGGAGUGAGUCGGCAGGGAACUAUCAGAGUUAUCUGGGAAGAAGAUAAGAAAGGAUUUGAAUGGUACCAGCAUUAGAACUAUUGGCACCACAGUGAAGUCCCAGUUUGGCAGAGUCAUACCUGGAUUCCAAAAGUGAAAAAUAAAACCCACUCCGGACCAGAUCAUCAAGAUACAGAAAAGAAGGGCGGUCCACCUGACACCUGUGUGAUCAAGCGCUUGACCUUGGAUGAUGAUUUGUUACUGAUUCCUACAAGCCCGGAGCUAUCAACAAUGUUCACCCCCAGUAAAAACAGUCUUCCAUCCCCCAGCCUGGAGGACUCCUUCUUCCCUCUCUCCUCAUCCUCUUCAGUCUCACUCUCCUUCGCUCUCCCCUCAUCCACAUCCUCUCCUAGCAGCAGCGACAACGGAGGAGGGAUCGAGACAGAUCUGAUUCUCGCUGCAGAGCUGGGACAGGCUUUACUGGAGAAGAACGAGGAGCUGGCAGCCUCUCUGGAGCAGAGAGAGAGGGAGCUGGAGGCUUUACAGCAGGAGAAGCAUGUUCUGCACAGGAAGUUGGAGAUGAAUGAACUGGCAUCUUGGCAGAAAGAGGCAGAGCUGACUACAGAUCUAGCUUCCUUGAGAGCUGAGCUGGAGCGACAUCACAGCCAGGGAAGCAACCAGCGGAAAGAUGAGAGUGAACAGCUGACUCAACUAGCCAAUCAUAACCAACGCUUGGUGGAGCAGCUAGCAGAGGCUGUAACACUGCAACACUCCUUGAGGACUGAGCUUCGUUUCCUCAGAGAAGAGAGGGAAGAAUCAUCUUUCAGCCGAAAUAUCAGCUUUUCACAAUUGGAGAACAUUCAAGCGGAGAACAGAGUGUUGCUGGAGCGGCUGUCGUACAUGGAGGCACAACUAAAAGCUUCACAGGAGGGCAGUGAUAGACUCUGCAUGGAGAGAGAGAGACUGAGAGACAGACUGUCAGAGCUACAAACCAAACUGAGCGAGAAAGAAGCAGAGAUAGAGCAGGAGCAGGGUGUGGUGUUUGAGUUGCGAACUGUGAAUCGCUCUCUACAGCAAAAAGCCCUGAAUCUGGGAGAAGAGAGCAUUCUGGACAGAACACAAACGCAACCUUUGUCUCUGCAUAGUGAAAUUCAGCAAUCACAGGUGAAAGAGGCUCUUCUAGCUCACUCCGCUGUCCUGCAAGUAAGAGAUGAAGAGAUACAAGCGCUCACAGAGGAGCUCCAAUCUCAAAGAGAAGAGCUGGAGUCUUUGAGGGAGGAAAUCAAGCCAAUUAGAAGCAGUCCUGAAAAGCCAAGCUACAGUUUCUUAGAAAGUGAAUUGGCCACUGUGCAUCAGGAGAAAGAAUCACUUACUCAGCAGCUUCUCAACACUAUCAAACACAAAGUGGCGCUGUCGCAAGAGCUGGAAGCCUGGCAGGAGGACAUGCGGUUAGUGAUCAAUCAACAGGUGCAGCAAAGGGAGGAGGAGAGACAGAGGGAAACACACAGAGAAAGACAGACGGAGAAAGCAGUCGGACUCCAAAGAAGCAAGUCUUUGAGAGUGAAGGGAGAAGGAGGGAAAGGAUUCUUCUCCUUUUUCAAAGACAAAUGACAGAGAGAAGUGGCAGCAGUUUAAACGGACAAAGUAUCGGCCUUUAUCUUUGCCACUGCAAGCUUCUACAGCAAGAUAAUGUCCACUGUAAUGUGUUCUCAGCAUCACCUAGUGAAAUGUUUACAGACCUCAUAUUUUAAUAUAUUUGUAUAUAUGUAUGUAAUUUCAGAAUGUUAUAUAAUAUUUGUAUGAACCUAUUGAAUGUUGUAUUUUCUGAUGGUUGUUUGUCACCACAGCAUCUUAA